UAUAUAUAUAUAUAUAUAUAUAUAUAUAUAUAUAUAUAUAUAAAAUCCCCCCCACCAUCAGAUAAUGCAGUUUAGCCACAUCAAUUGUCCUGGCAGCUAUUAACACACUGAGGCAUGCGUUUGUUGGUCCGCUGGAUUUCAAACUUGUAUGCUGCUUCGCGUCACUUGCUUUAAAAAUUUGUAGUUCUUUUCUGAUCAACUGGCAGGAGAAAAAAAUACUUUUAAAGACACAAUUAUGUUUUAAAGUAUUAAUGAAAUGUAUCAGUGCACCAUUUCGUUUCCCUUUAAUCUGAAUCGUUUAUCAAUGGAAAAUACGUUUUGUAUCCUUUCAUGUUUCUGGAAAUAAAGUCUUGCCAUCCUGCUAUGUAUUUGUACGUUUUAUGGCGUUCUAAGAGUAGUUCCUGUGACUCAUUUGAAGAUUGGCGUUACCGUGCGAUUCAGCAUUUAACGUGUUCAUCCCCUCGGCGCUUGCCGUACAAAGUAAAUUACUGUGAGUUCGCGGGAUUUUUAUUGUUGCCCUUAAUGAAUCGAACUUUAUGUAACUUUGUUUUCGUUGAUGCUUUGUGCUCAUUUCUCUUAAGUAAUUUCUAUAUUAGACAAGAGGAAACCUCUUUUACACUGUUAAUCACUGUACGGUGUUGUCAUUCUAAUAAAUGACAUGUGAUGUUGAUGAUAAUGAUGAAGUAGAAAUAUGCUACAGAAUCAGGCUGUGUCUGUCCGUGUGUGUGGGAGGGUUAUACAGCAUUCAGAGCUACGUCCCGUCGAACUGGCGGCUGUUAGCAGCGAAGCUAACUGGAUCGCUGCCCGUUACGUUGGCAUUCGGUCCUAUCGGCCCCCGUGUUAAUCGGUACCAUGCGUCGUCUUUUUAAUCAUUAAUCGGAACCACCGAUCUCCUGAUUUAAAUGAACAAGUCACUUGGCCUUUGCCUCGGGUUAGUGUAACUCCACCCCAUGGAGGCGCUGCGUCUCAUUGCCAAGGCCAGCUUGCCCAACCGGUCUAUGAAUACGGAUACGCCGCUGUGUCGGUAGGCAGCGGGCCGCCCCGGUUCGAUUUGCAGCGAUGGCCCCGCGGCGGAGCUACAUCGUGUCGGUGGAUGUGGGCAGCACUUCGGUCAGAAGUCACGUCUAUGACGGGCAAGGCCGGGUGCGGGGAUCCUGCCGAGCCGAGCUGUCGCCGCUGUACCCGGAGCCCGGCCGGGUCGAGUUCGAUCCCGAAGCGCUGUGGCGGUGUUUCGUGGACGUAGUGAAAGGAGCCGUUCGCGACUCCGGUGUGCAGAUGAGCCAUGUGGCAGCCCUGGGCAUCUCCACGCAGAGAGCAACUUUUACUACCUGGGACAGGUGGACAGGUGAGCCUUUCCACAACUUCAUUAGCUGGCAGGACCUGCGUGCAGCGGAGCUUGUUCGGUCGUGGAACCAGUCCUGCACAAUGAAGGCUGUCCAUGGGGUGAUGAAGGUACUGCAUGUCCUGACCAGGCAGAAGCGCUUCCAGGCGGCCAGCCUCGUGGUCUUCACCACCCAGCACGUCUCCCUCCGGCUGGUCUGGGUGCUGCAGCACUAUAGCCAGGUGUGUAAAGCUGUACAGGAGAACCGAUGCUGCUUUGGGACCAUUGACACUUGGCUGCUCUUCAAACUCACAAAAGGUGCGGUCCAUGCGACGGACUACUCCAAUGCAAGCUCGACAGGGAUAUUUGACUCGUACCAGAUGCGUUGGAGUAGUUUCUUGUGCUCUCUUGUAUCCCUGCCGCUGUCCAUUUUACCCACUGUGCACGACACUGGUCAUAACUUUGGCUCCACGGAUCCCACCAUCUUCGGCACGUCCCUGCCCAUCAUGUGUGUGGUGGCGGACCAGCAGGCAGCCAUGUUUGGGGAGUGCUGCUUUGACACGGGAGAUGUGAAGAUCACCAUGGGAACUGGAACGUUCAUCGACAUCAACACGGGGAGCAAGCCGCACACCUCUGUGGCGGGGCUCUAUCCCUUGGUGGGCUGGAAGAUUGGGCCAGAUGUGGUCUACCUGGCUGAAGGCAAUGCAGCUGACACUGGGACAGCCAUCAAGUGGGCACAGCGGCUGGAGCUCUUUUCAGAUGAGAAGGAAACGGAGACGAUGGCAAACAGUGUGGAGGAUUCAGACGGGGUGUGCUUUGUGCCGUCCUUCAGUGGCCUGCAGGCUCCACUCAACGACCCCAUGGCUUGUGCCUCCUUCAUGGGUCUUAAACCUUCCAGUACCAAGAACCACCUCGUCCGGGCGAUUCUGGAGUCCGUAGCGUUCAGGAACAAGCAGCUCUAUGAUGUCAUGCUGCAGGAAACUCGGAUCCCCAUCACCAAGGUCAGGGCGGAUGGGGGAGUCAGCACCAACGAUUUCAUCAUGCAGAUAACCGCCAACCUGCUGGGGAAGAAAGUGGAGCGCUCAAGUCAUUUCGACAUGUCCAGCCUGGGUGCGGCUUUCAUCGCAGGGCUGGUAGUGGGCUUCUGGAAGAGUCUGGGGGACCUUAAACGGUUGCACCACUCCGAGCAGGUGUUUGUGCCACUGGUGGAGCGCCGACUCUACACGCCAGUGCUGCAGGGAUGGGAGAAAGCAGUACACCGCUCUAUGCAUUGGUAUAGCAAGACCUGACGAAAUGCUCUGCUGAGCUGAGGAUGGCAUCCCCUGGGGACCAGCAAUGACACUACAGCGCCGGGGCCAAACCUCAGACUUUGCUAUAGCUAACGAUUAACCCGUUUAAGACUUAUUAUUAGAGAAUCUGUAUGUGAUGAUCAGCAGCUGGUGUGUAUACAGCCCCUUGUUCCUCUACAGCUGCAGAAAUACAGUGAAAGGCAUUUUUUAAGUGACUGUUAAUUGAAGAUAUCUUUCUCAUGGGAACAAAGGGGCAAUGUCACUGUGCAGAUUAUUCAGUAUUUUUGCACUGUUGUGUUGCAGUUUACACACUGUGCAUGACCAAUGUUCUGAAGACAUCUCUGCUUGGAGACCUUUACUCUUUGAGAGCCAUGUGAUCCCCGAAUGAUCUCUAAGGACACUUGGGGCACCCAUGCAGAAUGAGGACCUUAUGAAGGUGCUACACAGGCUACAGACCCGGCGGCAGCAAUUCUGCUGUAGUUUCAGUGUUUACAGCUCAUGAGGUGGCAUUUAUGGGAUGAUUCCUCAACCAAAAAAAUGUGAUUUCCUGUAGAAGAUAUGGACUGCCUGUUUGUGCCCUCCUUCAGGUGAAUGAGCACUGUCCUGCAUCCUGUCUGUUUCUGUGCCAGAGUGUUCAGUUCUAUUCAUGGUGAUUCAGGUUGUUCUGAGUUUUUAACAUCAUUAAAAUCAGUGAAACAUUUUGACUCAA